AUGAAUUUCAAAACCAUCAUAGAGCAAAACGACGAGACUCUUGCUUUCCUGAGAACACGAGACUACUCCAAAGCCGCCGUUGCAUCAUCCACAGCGCUAAAGUGUCUUAGAUCGCUCCAGGAGCAGUGUGCAGGAGCUAGCAAGGGGUGCUGUAAUGAGCUGUACUCCUCUACUUGUUCUGACGGUUUGGAUCAAUGCAUGCUCCUUUCGAAGGUGGAGGAUGAGUCGAGUUUUGAGGCAAACGACGAAUUCAUCUACAAACAUGGCAUUUCGUUGCACAGCGAAGUCAUUGGUGCUGAAAUUAUCACAUCCGUUCUUCUCUUCAAUACCGCGCUUGCCCACCACAUGCUUGCGAUCGAACAGCAGCAACAUCAAGCCCUGCUAAAAGCAAAACGAUUGUACGAGCUAGCCUACAGUGCAUAUGAAAUGGACCAUAACAUUUUGUUUCAGUUUGCUGUGAUCAACAACAUCGUCGUGAUUGAUAGAAAGCUGGGCAACGAGGUGAUGCCAAACGAGUGCUUGGCACACUUGAUAUCACUGUUCAUGGUUUUUGUGGACCAAGGAUGCAAUAUGCACCUGCGCCACGUACAAGGCUUUCUAGUGAAUCUUCCAUGGGCUAUCGAUGCGGCAGUUGCAGCAUGA